ACAUGUCCUACGUAGAUGGUAGAUUACCUUCGGAAACUGGCAAGCCUCUUGUCACUGUCACUGUCAAAAAAACCGUUUCGCUAUUCCAUAUACCUCCUCCUAUUACGAUUCGCAGUUCAGGAUCAUUUCCCUAUAACACCACCCUCGAGUGAAAUAACCACCUUAUCAUGGCCAGCACUGGCCCAUCCAAUCCCGACAAUGACGUUGUGAAAACCAACCCCAACCCCCCUCCCCCCGCCAAAAAGCUCCCCAAAGACCUCCAGCGCAUGGUCGACCGCGCCGACAAAGAUCAGCACAUCUACGACGAAGUCCGGAGCGGAACCGCCCCAGAAUCAACCGAAUCCUCCAUCCGCUACGCCGCCUACGCAACCCGCAUCCGCACCGCCCUCCUCUCCGCCCAACGCUACGUAGCCUACACCUCCGACGUCGGGGAAUCCUUCCGCCCCGUCGCACACCCCAACCUCGUUCGCGCCGCCUACGGCAUCUCCUGGGCCUAUCUGGCGGGUGACGUCGCGCACGAGGGGUAUAAAGCUUAUUGUGCGAAUCAGCGGACACUGCAUCCGGAGGGCGUGGCGGGGGGGUUGAAGGGGGGGUUGGUGACGCCGGGGGUUGUUACACCGCUGGAAGACUACCGCACAGUAAUCGUUCAACGCGCCCUCUUCCAAGGGAUAGCCUCCAUGGGCCUCCCCAUGCUAACAAUCCACUCCAUCGUCCGCUACGCCGGGCGCGCAAUGAAAAACGUCAAAUCUCCUCGACUGCGCAUGUGGGGCCCCGUUGGGCUAGGGUUGAGUGUGGUACCGGUGUUGCCGUAUUUGUUUGAUAAGCCGGUGGAGGGGGCGGUGGAGUUUGUUUUUCAUGAGGGGUUUAAGGCGAUUGGGGGGGAGCAGGCUGUUGGGGAUGCGCCGGUGGUGGGGAGGGAGAAGAGGUUGGGGGAGGGGGUUGUGGGUGGGGUGAAGAGGGAGGGGGGAAAGGGGGAUAAGGAGUUGUAGAGCAAGGGGGCUUGUGUAUAGUACCCGUGUGGGGGUGGCUGUGUGUAUACUGUAAAUCUCGACCUCAAUAUUGACGUUCCAACUUCUACUUUGAUGCGAUUGGUGGCAUCAGCAAAACAGGGCGACGAAAGGUAUAAACUAAAAGAAAAGGGGGUCGCAGCGCCAAGACAGGAAACAGCACAGGGUAUGGAAAAGCA